AAGGAAAUGGGACCAGAAGAAGGGUCGAAUUCUCCGGCAAGAACAAAUUGCAUGUUCUAUAAGUUGAUAGUUGCCUCCAUCCUCCAUGACAAGAAGCUGAGAAUCCCGGAAAAGUUUGUCAAGAAAUAUAGAGAUGAACUUUCCUGUAUCGCUACACUUACUGUUCCUAAUGGUCGUAUAUGGGUAGUGGAACUGGAAAAGGUUAACAAGAAAUUGUGGUUCUGCAGUGGUUGGCAUGAAUUUGUAGAGUACUACUCCAUUCGUGUCGGGUAUUUCUUGGUCUUCAGAUAUGAAGGGGAAUCAAACUUCAGAGUCUGUAUAUUUGAUCUGACUGUUUCUGAGAUAAGAUAUCCAGGUAAUUGUGUUCCUGCUAGUUCGCAGGUACCAUGCCAUGAUAAUCCGUGUCAUGUAGCCCACAAGAAACACGUAGUAACUAAUGGCCCUACUGGAAUUUUAGGUUCUGGCAAUCCAUCUCAUACAACUGCUCCCUCAAGAAGUAUGCUUUUUGAUAAAUUCGUCCAUUCCAAGUGGACUGUAACUGGAAACUAUGAGGCUAGCAGAGAGAUGCUGCUUUCAAGAAAGGAUGCAUAUGAUUCUCAGGACAUAGAUGUACAGCUUAAUGGGAGUGAGUUUAUUACCCAGGCUGGUUCACCUGUCUUGGGUGAAGCAGAGGGGAGAACGAGAAGUGGAAAACUGAGAACUAAGAUUCCUAAUGUAGAUGGACAAGAGCAAGUGGACAAAAGGUCACCUAGUAUGAAAAUUGCUUGUGAAGCUCUUACGAGGAGGUGGAGAGCUGUGACACCAGAAGAGAAACAGAGAACGAUUUGUGCUGCUCACACGUUCAAGCCUGAUAAUCCAUUUUUUAGAGUCAUCUUGCGACCAUCCUAUGUAUAUAGGGGAUUUCUUCUGCACAUCCCUUCCAGCUUUGCUCAAAGGUAUUUGACGACUACAGGAUGCAUGACUCUUCAGGUUUCUGAAGGAAAACAAUGGCCUGUCCGGUGUGUUUGCAGGAAUCGAGGAGCUAAGUUAAGCAAGGGAUGGACAGAAUUUGCAUGGGACAAUAAUUUGGAGGAAGGAGAUGUCUGUGUCUUUGAGUUGAUUAACAUGAAUGUGCUGAAAGUUACCAUAUUUCGGGUACUUGAAAGUGCAGCAACAGUCAACCAACUUCCAAAUACAAUCGUGUCUGAAUUAAACAAAUAAUGGUUUAGUAGUUGGUGAUUGUAGACUUGCAAAACUCUGUCAGGAGUUCGCAGCGUUCUUACUUUUUAAGUUUGUGUACACCAAGUGCUAGUUUCCAGAUGCAAAGGGUAUGAAGACUUGGAUGUUUUUGUACAUUAGACAACCGCUUCGCGAAUCCAGAGUUUCCCUGUUAACGCAGUGCUCUUUGUACUCUUCCCCUGUUUUCUUCUCCUACUUUCUUCUACAUGCAUAGCACAAGUAUCACCAUGAUAAGGUUUUUGUAGAUAGAACUCGAACAGACACUAGGUACCAUUCAUUUUGUUCAGUUGAAUGCAAUUACCGUAUUUGGAGUACAACUUACAGUCUGCUUAGUUUGUAGCCUGAAAAUCAGUAUCAUACUUGGUUAUAUGUGCAGUCACUCCGGUGAUUUAAGAAAAGAAAGAAAAAAGGACAGAAAGCAUUCUUUAUAGUAUAAUGAUGAUGUCGGAUAAGCAAGAAAACAUACACUUUCUCGUAAACUGAGAAAUAUUUUUUGGAAGGGGAGCGGUUGAUUAUUCAAUUUGUAGAGUAUAUCAUACUUGAAUUGAAUUAUUUUGAAGAAAAGUAUUUAUAUGUAGAGAGGGGGCGCAAUAUUCUAGCCAAAGAUAGGGGAAUCAAAUGGUGUCGAAUUUGCUUUCGUCUCUUCGAACAAAAUGGCGUCAUAAAAUCAUGGGGCUGAUUAGUAUAUUUUCAUUAAUGUUGGGCGUUGAUUAUAUACUGAUUUAACAAUAUAAACAAUUGGAUAAGAAGAUAUUAUUAUGCGUAAGAAUCAACAAUUCCCUUAUUAUAAAAUAUAAUGCAACCAUUCUCAUAUUAGUUUAUGUGCCAGAAGAGAUCGGAUCUCACUGCAUAUAUUUCCUUUAGAUCUUCUUAAACAUUUUUUAUUAGAAGAGUAAAAGCAUAAAAUAUGAUUUUGACAAGAAUCGGUAGUCAAUUUUCAUUGUAUUAUACAAUUCAGAAUUGUAUAGGCACUUCAUCUCAUUCUCAUUUUCAGAAUUGAUUCCUUUUAAGUGUAGACUAUACAGUGCAUAUACAUUCCCUUUAUCAUGGCAGCUGCUUCCCCAUCAUCUAACGUCCAUAACGAAGAAGAUCAAGCAACCCCAAAAGGGCUGCAGAAACUACCAAGAACUCAUCCCAACUCCUCCUAAAGGGAAGGCUGGUGGUUUGAACAUCUCUUCCAGUAUCAAGGCUUUUUGGCUACCAUCCAAGCCUGCUCUAAAAGGUCUUCUGUUGCUCCAAGAUCACUUCAUAUCUAAACCUCACGAUGUCAUCCUAGCAACCUCUCCUAAAUGUGGCACCACCUGGCUUAGAGCUCUUAUUUUCGCAGUCCUUAACCGCCACUCUUGUGAUUUUUCCACGCACCCUUUGCUCACCGGUAACCCUCAAGAAUUGUUCCUUUCUUGGAGGCUUACGUAUAUCAGAAUGAAUCCACUUCUCAUAUUGACAAUAUUCCAUCACCUCGCCUUUUCUCUACGCACAUCCCCUACGCUCUGUUCCCAAAAUCUUUGUCAGCUUCUAAUUGUCGGUUUGUUUACAUCUGCCGCGAAUCAAAAGAUGUUCUUGUUUCCAAAUGGCACUUCGCGCAGAAGUUGAGGUCUAAAGAAGUGCCACCCUUCUCGUUUCAAGAUGCUUUUGAGUUGUUCUGUAAGGAGUCUCGCACUAUGGAACUUACUGGGAUCACGUUUUGAGUUACUGGAAAGCGAGAUUAGAAGCAUCACAUAAGGUGUUGUUCCUGAAAUAUGAGGACAUGAAAAGAGAGCCUUCGGUUCAUGUUCAAAGACUGGCCGACUUCUUAGGUAAUCCAUUUUCAAUGGAGGAGAAGAGUAAAGGCGUUGUGGAAGAAACUAUUGAACUGUGCAGUUUUGAGAAUUUGAGCAGUUUGGAGGUGAACAGAAGUACAGACUCCCAAGUAUUUUAUUAAGAACCCUGAUAUUUUCAGAGAAGGUGAAGUUGGUGAAUGGAAAAUCAUCUCACGCCUGAAAUGGAAGCACAGCUUGAUCAGAUCACAAAGGAGAAGCUACAUGGUCAUUCAUUAACUUUUGCUGCAUCACCAUAGAACUCAUUUUUAUUGUGUUUGUGAUAGUCUGAAUCUGUAUUCUACAAAAUCUACGACCAAAUCUAGACCCAGCUGAAAUCAGAUAUGUGGUUUGAUUUA